AUGCGAGGUACCUUCAGGAAAAAUCUCUUCGUCGUACCCAAAAGCGUCGAAUACGUCAAGUUCGAUCUUAUCAACAGACGGAAAACAGGGGCCGGUGUAGGAAACUACGAGAAGAUCUCUAUCCCUUCCAUCAAAGAUGUUAUGGCAGGAGAAUAUGCCUUCUCUCCAUGUCCUCCGUCUAUAGGCAGUGUCCCCAUACAAUCCCACCUCUUUAUGCACUCCUUCAUCGAUCCUGGAGAUCACAUAGGACAGAAAUCGGUCAUGCGACUGCCCAAGAAGGUUGGGAAGAAGCUGAUUUGUCGAGGGCCACUCGAUCAUGACACCGCUCUGCUAUAUGGCUGGGGCAUCUACAUAGUCGAAGAGUUGAACGAGGAGGCGGUGGCGUACUUUCUGACUGUUGUUAUGGUCAUCAUCUUGGCCGUAACUAUGCCCUGGAGUUCUGUCAAGCAGGAUACACAAGGGGGCAUGGGAAUUGGACAGUUUGCUCUGGCUUUUACCGCCUUAUUUCUGACUAUGGGGCUCAUUUCGAUGAAAAUCAUGAUGGCAUGA